AUCAGCUGGUUUAUUACUUAGUAUUGUGAUAAAUCUUGUGUUUACAAACAAUAGGACAUAUCACCAAAUCAAAAACGUAGCACUGACUGUAAUAGAUAUCAAAGUCAGAAUUUUUAAUUCAGUAAUAAAUGACAGACUAACAAGUAUGAUAUGUAUAACUCUGUGAGAAAUAUAAUAUAUACACAACACUAGCUGCACACAUUUUUGUCGACUUCAAGAUGGAAUAAUACAAUGGCUGAAGGGACAUCUGGUAUGAAACUAUCCUCCAUUAGAAGAAUUAGAAGAGUAACAGAAAGAGAAAAGGAGUGUGCAAAGAUCGCGUGGAAAGAGGUGGAAAAGGAUUACUCGACCUAUGGACGAAAUGUGUUUAUUAGAUUGUUUGAACAGCAUCCAGAGAUCAAGAACUAUUUUCUCGGAAUGUUGGGAAAAAAUGAAGACCUUUUCUCAAGUCCGAAAUUCCAAGAGCACAUGCUCCAAAUUUUAAUUCCAACGCUGAGUGGGUUGAUUUUAAACUGGGACUCUUCGGAAGGAAUUCUUGAAGCUAUUCGCUUGCUCGCUAUUUAUCACAAGAAAAAUGUUACAACUCUACGUGAAGACCAUGUUCUUAUGUUAGCACAAGUCAUCUUGUUCGUGCUCAAAAGAGACCUGGGAUCUAGUUACACGGAAGACCAGGAAAAAGCUGUAGAAAAGAUGAUAUUAAUUAUUUUUGAAGAGUUUAACAAUUUCUUUUUAGGUAGAUCUUGGUGAAUAAAAGUCUAAACCAA